UGCAUUUGGCGGCGGGCUGCGCUCUGGAGGAGCUUUUGACUGCGUCUCCCCACCCCCCCCCACCCUCCGUGUUUACACUCCUAUGUGCCUUCUCGGUCGGGCCGUGUCUGAUUCGCAGUGGGGUGUUCAUCAGUGCUGUUUUCCGUCUAGCGGUGCGCCACUUUGGGCCAAGUAUCCCCCACCCCCCUUCCUCCCUCCUCCUCACCCUGCACGGUGCCGAGAAGCAGCUGUGUCUCCUGCCUGCCAGCCUGCACGUCCUCAGCCGCCCGGACCCUGCUGAUCGUCCGACUGGGUCGGGGAGUGUCCAUCCUCGGCUUGUUUCACCAUAGACCGUCUCCCUUGUCUUUGUGAGCAGAGUCCGGGCCGGCUGGAAGAUCCUACCUGGCCUACCUGCUGGGGUUUUUUUGCUUGCGCGGUAUGCUGACCGGCUCCUGCCGGCCUCAGGGACCAGCGGGACGGGGUGCUGUGGCUCUGUGACCGGGGCGAAGGAGGAGGACAUCCCUGUCUUCAAGCGGAGACGGAGGUCCAGCUCCAUAGCGGCCUCGGAGAUGAUGGCUCACAGUCAGAGCAACAGCAAGUCCCACCGCAGGACUUCGCUGCCUUGCAUUCCACGGGACCAGUCGUCGGGUACCAGCGUGGUGGUGGACAUCUCAGUGAUGGGUGAGGCCCAUGGUUUGAUAUCAGACCUGCUGGCAGACCCUUCGCUGCCUCCUAACACCUGCAGCUCACUGAAGGCUGUCAGCAGCCUCCUCAGCACCCAGAUUAGCCUCCAGCCACUCCAUCGGCCCCACGUGACGCCAAUCACACACACCUGCUCUGACUCAGAGGACGGGCCUGAUAAGGCAGAGAGACUGGCCAUUCCAAAGCGUCUAAGGCGGAGCCUUCCCCCGGGAUUGUUGCGAAGAAUCUCAUCAACGUGGACCACAACCACCUCUGCCACAGGGCUGCCUGCCAUCGAGCCUGGACCUGUACGAAGAGAUCGCUCAGCCAGCAUCAAAUACACCACAGACGGUGAAUCAUGGAGAAACUCAGUAAUGACAACCAUCUCAAAAAGCCGCUCCAUGUCCGCCUCGUGUGCUGCGUCCAUUACCCUUAACCACUUCUACAGCAAACAGGGAAGACCAGGCUUCGUCCCCUCCAACAUAUCACCUCUGGGCUCUCCAUGCCCGUCACCUCCUGUUCAAGGCACUCCUGUCUCCAGCCCAACCAUCAAGACAUGUUCAGUGCAGCUUCCUGAGCUUGCCGGGACACUAACAGAGCAGACCCCUGGCUGUGAGGUCUCCAAGACCCACCACCGAGCCUUAACUCACAGCCAGAGCGCCCCAAGCUCCACUACUCCUCACUGGCGGCCUCCAUCACUCUGUAGCAGCUGCGGCAGGCCGUUCAACAAUCGACUGAACCAUGGGGUGGAAUCUAUUGUCAAGACAGACCGAAUACCCCGUCCGGAUGAGCGUGCGGUCAUCUCAUCGGACUACGACAGCACCUAUGACAGCACCUAUGAGACCAACCACAGUGACAGCAGUGACUUUGCACAGAACGAGGAAGAGGCAGAAGCAGGAAAGAAGCCGUCCGAGGCAAGAGAAGGUUGCAGGGACUAUGCAGCGGAGAGCAUCAUUCUGCACCCCCUACUGCCAUCACCCGAGGACAAGCUAAUCUUGGCGCCAGAGCCCCUGGUGAUGCCUGGGCUGGACCCUCUCAUGAGUCAACUCAACAAAUGGAAUUUUCCUAUUUUCAGUUUAGUGGAGAAGACUCAUGGCAAGACAGGUUGCAUCCUUAGCCAGGUGUCAUACAAACUCUUCGAAGACACGGGCCUGUUUGGGACGUUCAAGAUUCCUUUAGCAGAGUUCAUGAACUACUUUCAUGCUUUGGAGAACGGAUACAGAGACAUCCCUUAUCAUAACAGGAUCCACGCCACUGAUGUUCUGCAUGCUGUUUGGUACCUCACAACACAGCCGGUGCCCGGCCUGCCCACGCUCCUGACUGAAAAUGGAAAAUACAAUGACUCAGCGAAUGGCAUAACCCCCAGUGCUACGGCCUUUCUGUCAUAUAAGAUGAACGCUUCGCUGGAGGAAGGCUAUGGCUCCUUGUCUGGCCUCAUCCCGGGCCUGGAGCUGAUGGCCUUGUACGUAGCUGCUGCCAUGCACGAUUAUGACCAUCCAGGAAGAACCAAUGCCUUUCUAGUAGCAACCAGUGCACCGCAGGCUCUUCUAUACAAUGACCGUUCCGUCUUGGAAAAUCACCACGCUGCUUCAGCAUGGAACCUCUUCAUGUCUCGUCCGGAGUACAACUUCCUGGUUAACCUUGAACAUGUUGAGUUCAAGCGCUUCCGCUUCCUUGUCAUCGAAGCCAUCUUGGCCACUGACCUCAAAAAGCAUUUUGACUUUCUAGCAGAGUUUAACGCCAAGGUGGGUGAUGAGGGAGUGUCUGGUAUUGACUGGACAAACGAAAAUGAUCGAUUACUGGUGUGCCAGAUGUGCAUCAAGCUGGCUGAUGUCAACGGACCACUGAAGUGUAAGGAGCUGCACUUGCAAUGGACUGAGGGGAUCGUCAAUGAGUUCUACGAACAAGGUGAUGAGGAAGCAAGCCUGGGCCUUCCCAUCAGCCCAUUCAUGGACCGCUCUGCACCACAGCUCGCAAAACUACAAGAGUCGUUCAUCACUCAUAUCGUGGGACCCCUCUGCUCCUCCUACGAUUCUGCCGCCCUGAUGCCGGGUCAGUGGGUGGACCCGCCAGACGGGCAGAUGGAGUUAGAGGAGGCAAAGGAGAGUCAAGACACGGAGGAGGAUGACGAAGAUUUGGUAGAGGAAGACGCGUCUACUGAUUCUGACUCUUCCCAGAGGCAAAAGACAGCGAAGGAAAGUAGGCGGAAAGUGUUCUGCCAGAUCACACAGCAUCUUCUGGAAAACCACGAAAUGUGGAAGAGAGUCAUUGCCACAGAAAUUCAGGAGGACGUCCUGAAAGAGACCCAAGACCCGAUCACGGCCAUUCACGAGGAAGAGGAGGAACAAGCAAGCAAAGAGGAGGAAGAGUUGACUGACUGUUUUGAUCAAAUUGAAGACACGCCAGCUGUAGAAGAAGAGGAUGCCCUCUCACAAUCGGAGACAUCAGGUGGAAAAGAGGAGGACUCAGAGUAAUAAUUUGAACAAUGACCUCCUUUUUCAAACCAGGAAUUUAUUUAAACGUUGUUUGUUGCUCUCCUAACUCUUGAUAUGUUAGCCAGCACAUUAUUUUGACACAACACUGUAGAAAAUGUUUUUGGUAAGUUGUGCCUAACAAAAACAGGGUUUUUGACCAGGAAUAGUGGAAGGUGCAAAAGAAGUGACCUCGCUGAAGAACAAGGAAAAAAAUAAUCAUUCAUAAGAUCAGAAUUUCAGAUCUGGUGUCCAGUCCUUAUCUAGGCCGUCCAUUCUUCUGUAUAUGCACAAGCACGCAUUCACAAAACCCCUUCAUCAGUGAGUAAUACACUGUCACAUUGCCUUGCCAUUACUCCUGUUGCUCCCAGCACCCGUCCGUCUGAGGAUAGUCAACAAGCCCCUUCCUUUUGCAGACAAUGAGAUGAAAGCCAGGAAAAAGCUGUUUCCACUGAGUCUCUGUUAGGUGGAAUAAAAGGCGUACUUUCAUAUGCAAACGUACAGUAGACCGGCAUGGACUUCUAUAUACUAGGCACACAAUUCUGAAGGAUGAACACAUUCUAUACACUGAACGAAAUAGCAUGUUCAACAAAGAACCUUUUAAAAGCUUUACACCCCCUCAAAGGUAAAAUAUAGAAUAGGAUCUCUCACUUUGUGUCAAACAACAAUUGGCUAGAGUUCCACGUUUCUUCCUACAGCACACAAGCACACCUAAAGGUCAUACAAUUGAGAAACAAAACAAAGAUGACCCUGCCUUUUUACUAACUUUGAGGACUGUUUGAAAUACUUAUGGUUUAUUACCAUCCCAGUACACAUAGUUCACUUAACCCGAGUUAAACCUUCUGCUUCCUAUAUUAAAUCACUAAAGUUGAAUGGGAUUUAUUAUGUCACUCAGUCAUUAGGGUUCUAAUGAAAAAACUACUGUCUUCUGUACAGUGCUUGUUAUGUUGGCCUCGUCAUUGUAGCACAAUCCAGAGCAGACUAAGCUCCCAGGUUCCACGAGGAUUUCCUACAGCGAUUGCAUGCAAAGAGUAAUACAUGGAUAUACAGUGUGGUACAACUCAUGCUGCACGAUUACAGUACUGUGCAAAAGUCAUGGGCCACCAUUAGAUGUUGUAUUUAUGUUUUUGUGUCCAGGCUAUUCCCUGGUUCAUAGAGGGUGACAAAUAGACAGGUGGUGUCACUCAAGGUUUGGAUAGUUCAACUGAUGCCAGAGUGACUCCUAUGGUCAUAAUGAUCUCCUCUAUUCAGAUCCUUAGCAAAAUGUAACGGCUUCUUCCUACGCACCAUCCAUGUAGCACCUCGCCACUUCGCAGUCAGAAUUUCGCGGCUUCACUCAAUCACGGUUUUGUGAUAUGUAGUAUUCUACAUUGAUCACUAGGUGUCAGUAAUGUUACCGUCAUGUUCGGGGAAACAUACAAGCGCCAGACUUGAUUGCCAGAACAGCAGGCUUUUAUUGCAGGUUUGAAUUCUCUCACAACAGGCACAAUAAUAACACAAUCAUAAUAACACCGGCUACCGUUGCGGCUGUUGGGUGUAACACCAACGUUUUUUCCCCCCCAAAAAUUGAUGUUGCUUUCCAAAAGGGUUCACUGUAUAGCCAUAAUCCCAUAAACGGUAUCUGAGUUACUGUUUUUCUAAGUCAAAAUGACUGCUAUGGUAUUGGUCACUAACACAACAAAGCUAGUGUUGGUCUAAGACGGGGGUCGGCAAUCCGUGACUCCGGAGCCGCAUGCAGCUCUUCGGCUUCCUUUGGUGAGCUUGGUGAUUUUUUUUUAACACCGAAGUGGAGGAAAUGUGCAUUUUUGAGAAAGAGUUUGAAAUAUUCGACUCACCGCGAGUCUGUGAAUGGUCUGGACCGCGUUCUGACCGAUGAUUGGAUGAGCAAGGGAAGGGGGAGGCAUUGUGUGCGGUGAGACACGACAAUGACGUCUUGUUGAGUGCUACCCCUGUCGUAUGCUACCCAUAACCAUGAGUACGUCUCUAAAAAGAACCAUUUUGGAAGAAAAAAUUUGGACAUUUUUCUUGAUAUGUGGCGAGAAAUGAGCAAAUAACAAAAAUUGUAACAUUGAAAGACAUUUUCUCAAAAGUACCCAAUUGUAGUUGGGCGUAAGAGAGCGAUUGCGGAACUACUAUGGAAGGUUGAGCAAGGCAAAUAUACUUUCAAGAAGUGGAUGAACGCUCCAAACUCAACUACAUCUGCUAGUGUUGUGGCUAUUGAGCAGACAGCGCUGAUAUGAAGAUAUGUGAACUCUGAUGGGCCUUUUUUAUGUUAAAGUUGGCUACGUCUUAAAUUAAUAACGACUCAAAAAGGCCUACAUAGUUCUGGUCCAAGACUUUGCACAGUGCUGUAUGCCUGCAUACUUUGAGGGGUAAUACAAAAAGUAUAUUUUAAUGGUUCUCCAUGCAACGAUUCAUUCCUUUUCUAUCACUUAUCCUGUUCAGGAGAGAGGCGAGCUACACACUGGAUUGAUCACUGGUCUAUCUAUCACAGGACUGACACACAGAUAACCGUUCUCACCCAAACCCACAGGCGAGGUCAAACAACAUUAUCAUGCAUGUUUCUGGAUGGCAGGUAAUCAUUAUUCCAUGAUAUUUUUGAUAGAGCGAAAGAGAGCUGCUGGCUCAAGAUGUCCGAUGAAUGUGAAGUCUUCAGUUUAGCUUGUUAAAGCAGUCAAGUAGCAUUGACAUAUACUGUUUCAGAAGCUCUGUGGCUAUCCAGCUUUAAUUGCUUAUUCUGUUUGCAAACGUAUUCCCCCUAAAGCAAGGUUGUUUGCACUUGACGGGAUAUAAGAUGCCCUGGAGUCAACAGUAUACUGUAUACCGGCAGCUAGGAAGACAAACAUCAGUGAUGUUAGAACAUUUCUUAUCCCAGUGCAAAUAUGAGCUUGUUGGCUUUUCAACUUAGGUGUUACGCAUGAUGGACAGGUCCUACUUCGCUCAGGAAAAACAAGCCAUAAUGUCAAAUAUGGAUUUAAAAGAUGUAUAACAAUCCAUACCUAAAACGAUAAAAUACAAGCUGAGAUAGUGAUUUAUGAGGUUUAGUGAUAUCCCCAGAAGUCGAGACGAUUAAUAGUGAAUUUUAUUGAAUUGGGUUGUAGUCGUAUUAGUGCCACUGUUUCAGCACAGUCUUGGAAAGCAGUGAGGAAUUAUUUAAAAACACAAACUGCUUAGCGUGCUUAACUGCAACACCUAAAGGUCAACAAGUACAUGUUGGAAUGGCCCAAACAAAAGGCACCUACUGUAGGUUCUCUUAGUCUUCCAAGAAUAAUGAUGUCCUGUUAGUUUUAUUUCUUUUCAACAUUUAUCACCAAGAUACUCUUGAAGUUGUUUUAUUAAUGUCCAUAGCAGCUCUCAGACCAUUAGAAAACAACAGAAUAGAUCAAAUAACCAUUCACAGACCACUGCAUCCUUUUAGUUCACGUGCAGAUGUUUAGCAAAUUGUAAUAUUAUUACAAAACCAAACAAUAUUAGGCAGAGAAACACUUUUAAAAACAAAUCUGAACACUUAAAGGGGCCCUAUUCUACAUUUCUAACUUAAAUUCUCCAACUUUAAAUCGCUGCACUCUUGUUCUACACGAUGUGGAAGUGGUGAGGUUGGUGUGUUUUGAAGUUAUGCCUGGUUUCAUUUUUAUGCUACUCCUAAAUCUCGUGAAUGGUCGGGUACGAGAACUUCACGAUACUUCCAUGAGCGCUUUUGAAUCUCUCACGCCACAACUUUAGGAAUCCAUGUACAGUCGGCCCCUUGUUAAUUGGUUCCAGACCCCACCGCGAUAGAAAACCUGUCUAUGACCUUCUAAACAUGUUUUUUUAACAUUAGAGCCCUGUAGACAGUAAAUAACACCCCAAAGUCACCUUUCUACUCAUAUUACUCAAUAUAGUAUACAUAAUAAGCAAUAAUAAAAUAUAAUAACUCACCGUUAGCAUUGAGAAAGUUCCUUGUAGUAUCUCCAACGUAACGUGGGUCGAUUGCAUGGCAUUAAAAAAAUGCCAUCAUCCAUCCUCACUAUGACGUUAGUCACUCGAUUGAUAUACAGGCCAACCAGUCUACCAUUAAUUAAGCCAAACAUAGACACACACAUACACUCCGACAAUACUGCUAGCUUUGUUUACAUCACAUUGCGCACCGCUUGUGCGCAGGCUACAGGAUCCCUGAAGUGACACAAGAGAUGGCUGCCGCUUUAACAAUACUGUAACAAUCUACAGAGCUAACUUGUUAGCCUCCAAUUUAUUUAUUCAAAACUUAAAAAUAUUAUUUGAUGGCUAACUUAAUGCAGGUAAUGUCUCAUCAGUGGAAAAUUACCGACGCCUUCGAACCGCGAUGCUACGAGGUACGACUGUAUGGCAACUUCUUCAGCAACCGUUGCUCAUUACCGUUUUUCGCAGUUUCUUGUAAACAGCAGCCAUAAACUUUGUGUAAGAAUGUAAGAAUUGUGUAUCUGAACCGGAGUGAGGCCGCAUUGGGAAGAUUUUUUUUUCCCGGGAGCUAAAGACCUACCUCACGGUCAAUGUUCCUCUGCUCUCGCCGCUUCAUGGACACAAUUUCAUGAACAAAGUACAGUUUGACACCGGAUUCGCCAAUAUUCAGCAGUGGCAAGGGGUGUGGCGCUGGACCCAACCCUUGAACCCUAACAAAUCACAGCUCAGCCAAGAGGAGAAGGAUGCAGAUUUGUCCUGAAAUGAGCAGGAUAGGACCCUUUUAAGGAAUGACUCUCUUGUUAACCAAACAAUCAGAUUUAAUGACUUAACACUGGAUCAAAACAAACCAUUAAACUAGCUUGUUCGCAGACAGUGAACUGCCGCGGUGUUACCCAACUUCUUGCUAAUACUCAAGUAGGGUUUCACUAAUGUUAAUACUCUCUAAAUCCUUAGCUGGAUCCAUUGCAAUGUUUUCAACAUGGUGAUUGUGCAAAAGAGGGCUCAGCUGCCCCUGACUGCUUAUUCCCGUGGCUUGCUGAUUGAACCUUUUUUUUUUUUUUUACUUUAUUGAUACAAACAAAAUAAGACUUUUAUUCUUGUGUAUGAUAUGAUAAGUUAUUUUUAAUGUAAAGUAGUAGCAAACAUCUAAGGAAAAGUAUGGAAUUUAUCAUCUUCAGUUAAAUUAUCUCCAUGGUUGAGGCAAGACAGAUAGAAAACCCUGCUGGUAGUAAUAUCUUUUUUUUUUUUUUUUUUUAACUUGGCAAUAGAAAAAAAAAAAAGCUGUGUGGUCACGUGCCAACUAAAUGUGUCCUUGCAUCAAAAGCUUAAGCAGCGAAAGGACAGACAUCUUUCACGAACAUCUGAUUCAUCCUUGUUAGGUGUAAAAAUGUAAACGCCGCAUUUUUUUUCAAAUGUCACAGACUCUGAACAUACUGCUGUGCAAGCGUGCUGCCUCUAGUAACCAAGUGAAUACGAGCUACCAGCUCAGUGCACUGUAAAUAUCCUUCUCACUGUGCAGUAUAUUAAUGCCUCACUUUGCCAUAAUCUAAUGUGCAUAUUACGGCACUGUUACAUCCAGUGCCCCACUUGUACCCCCCCCCCCCCCCCCCCUUUUUGUUCCUUGUGACAGGGGUCAAAGUUCACUAGUUCACUAGGCAUCAAGGUGGUCAGAUCUGCCUCACAAACUGUGCACCACAGCACAGCAACGAAAGUGACUUUAAAAAAAAAUAAAGCUGUGACAGACAUUGCUAUGUCUUAAAAAAAAAAAAAAAAAAAUCAAACUGUUCAUGCAUGUUUCUCACAAUGUGAUACUUUGGAGGCACAAUGAGCCGGGUCGUCAAGUUUGCCUCGUUCAGGUUUUAAACUGAAGGAGCUUCGUAUGUGUGUGUGAAUGCCCAUGUCAGCCAUUUUACACCACAAUGACGGCAACACAAUCGACACGUCAUUAGUUCUAAUUGACAUCUCGUUUAACAUUGCUUCCCAGUCUAUUCAACAACAUGGCGAUAACUUAUUUCUGUCCCCGAAAUACUAUCAUUUUACCCCCCGAUUUUAAAUACUAUUGAGAAACUGAUAAUAUCUAUUUAUUUAUCUGUGCUGUGCGGACUGAACUCGAAACUGAAACCAGGAAAAUGCAACAAAAUGGAGAGCAGUGAAGAGUACAAGCGUGUUCAAGAGUCAAAUUGCAUGCUGAGUACGAUAAAUUUGUACAUGUUGGCAGGUCUGCAGUGACAUUGAGGGUACGCCCUGCCUCUCAUGGCACCACUGGCAUUUCACCCCCCCCGCCCCCCCAUUUCAUUUAACAUUAAUUAGAUUAGUGUGCUCACCACUUGCGACACGAGACAGUGGCUGCUUUUUAAAUUGUAGUAAUACGGUGGUACCUUGGUUACCGUUAUUAUUUGUUCCGAAAGGGCAGAUGACAAACGGAAACGUACGACAGCCGAAGCAACUUUUUCCAUGGGAAAUAAAAAUGAAUGACAUCCAACAAUAUUUACAAAAAAAAAAAUUUAUAGAGCAUAAUUGCGGUUUUACACGCAGAAAACAAUGUGAAAUGAUUACAAAUGAUGAAUGAAAUAGACAAAUGAACAUUGAACAUCAUUUUUACCUUUAUGGUGGAGUGAAAUGGCUGGCACUCGCAACUUUCUUUGGCCCCAUGCCGGGUUAUUUAGCAGUAGCGCUCAAUAAAAAAUGCCAACGUGUAGGGGGUUUUGUUCGAUUUCACGGAAAACAGACGAGUUCGCCAGGCGCAAUACUGUACUACAACCGAGAAAGUGUACGACAACAUUUUGGCAAAAAUUGUAAACAAAAGCGAGAUCAUACAAAACUGAGGUUGGACUGUAUCCAAAAUGUCUUCAUGUAAAAGUGUGAUAGGACCAAAAUUUAAGGGAAAAGUGAUGAAAAAAAAGUUGUACUCCUGUAUUAUACUAUUUUCCUUUAUUUUCGGAGGUCCCACGAUAGUGUGUAUUCCGACAUCUCGCCUUGACAGUUUACUCGUGCUUUUGGUAAGCUCUACUUAGAACACAGGUUCUUUUUUGUGUGUGUCUGUAGCUUUAAUGCUCACGGGCUGUGUUGGUCCACGCCUGUCUCCGACAGAGUGUGCUAGCAUUACACUCACAUUUUAACAAACCGUUAUUAACCACCGUUUGAGAGCCUGACAGGGAUCGAGUUUUCUCACGUUUGAUGCUCAUAAACAGGCUUUGGAGACACGUGUUGCUGUUAGAACAUCAUUAAAAAGUUGCUUUGCAUCGUAGGGGGCCUCUCAGAGGAUAAAAGCGCAGUGAUAAGGAUAACGUUUUAGCGGGGGAAAAGUUUUAAUGUUAUGGAAAAAAAAUAAAGGCAAACCUAACAAACCUAAAGGCAACAGCCUGUGACCGGCUGCCACUGUCCAUAUAUGAAUCAGGUACAAUUGGUUCAAAAAGUAUUUGUUCUGGUUAUAAACGACUGAGCAAACAUUUCAGUGCACUUAGUUGUCGUCUUAAUGCAGGUGUAUGUUUACGCUUGUAAUGUUAUGACUUUAUUCUCAAAACAUGUUGACUUUUUUUCUUCUUCUUAUCGCUUGAUUUAACUCUCACAAAAUUGCAUUUUUUUUUUCCCAGCCACAAUAUUUCCACUUUAUUCUGGUGUUUUUAGUUUUUUAUUUCACUUUCCGAAUUUUUGCAAAAGUUGCAAUUAAAUUAAGCCUCAGCCCUCAUUUUUGAUCAGCUGGCAAAAAUAUUCACAUUUUGACAAAGCCUGGCCGAUUUACGACGUAAACCGUCUAAAAAUGACAUCACAUUAAUCGUACUGUCUAAAAAAAAAGGCCAUUUUUGAGUCAAUUUUAAGUUAAUUAAGGCUGUUCUCACAAGUUUUUACACAAGAAGUAAUGCACUCUCCCCAGUAGGGAGAUUUGAAUCGCUUAUUUUUAAAACUAUUGUCAAGAAUGUUUGUGUUGCAGCAUGACUGCAUUCUUUAUGUGUUUAGCUCCGGGGGGGGGGGUUAUUCAUACAGACAGCUUUUACUGAUGAUGCUGGAUGUGUCUAAUUCAUACUUAAUAUAGCGCUCUAUUUUUUGUGCAGAUUUCUUGUCAAUUCUUGUGGGAACAGAUUUAACGCCACACUUUUCUUUGUUGUGCAUGAUAACAAUUAGCUCCUAGCUCUCAAUGACGGGCACAGAAAAAAAAAAUGUCAGCAAAACAAGUUCAUGUCCUUGGCUGAGUGAUUUUGACGCUGAUUUGACAACAACAAAAGUGCAGGGUAUAAAACUACAACUAAACUAUUUUUUUGGGCUUAUGAGAGGGAUUUCCAUGAGAAGAUCGGAUCGUUGCACACCUGAGUAUCACUUGUGCACACCAAAGACACUGUUAAGCUUUGCAUUUGUUUGUAUUGUUUGUUUUUUUUUGGUCAUUUUGCACAAAAUGUAACCUAGAAAACAACAUCGUCUUCUGUUCUGUUCAGUAUAAGCCAGGCACAUGCAUGUGCGCAUACUUUACAAAGAAGUUAUUGUGUGGAGACACAAGUGUGUUCUAUUCUUGGAGGUAAAGCCCUUUGUUUGAUAUUUGGAACCAAAUAACAUUCUUGUUUUGUGCCAUAGCAUAUUCAUAUACAUUUUAUGAAUGGUGCAUUGUUUGAAACCAAAACACACUUAUCACCAAGGCUUGUAAUGUUUAUUUUCCUCUACUCUACGAUUGCAGGCACUUGUAUCUUGCACUCACAACACAACAACACAUGUAGCAAUACUUACAGGAUGGGGAAGUUGUGUGUUCCACCAGUAUUUGUUUAAGUGGAAUAUCACAUUGUACUCCUUGAUAUUGUUUGACUUUGUAUAAAAAAACUAUAUACUGUACAUAUUGAAAACUAUAUUAUAUCAAAAACCUUUUAGAAAAAUAUUUAUUUUUACUGUUUUGUAAUUUAGACACAAUACUGUAGCUCCUCUAUUGCCAGACUUACUGGAAGUGCCUCUUCAUAAUGUAUUGCAAAGUAACUAUACAAUAUAUAGGGAUUAUUAGAACAUGUCACUAGCAAAGCAGUGUUGAUGUUGUAAUGUGACUAUUGUUGAAUAACAUGAUUUAUAAAUGCU